AUGGACCAGAUCAACCACACCAAUGUGAAGGAGUUUGUCUUCCUGGAACUCACUCACUGCUGGGAGCUAGAGUUUUUCUUGUUUGUGAUCUUCCUUGUUAUGUAUGUAACAACUAUCCUGGGAAAUGCCCUUAUUGUGGUCACUAUCACCUGUGAGUCUCGCCUAAGUACUCCCAUGUACUUUCUCCUGAGAAACAAAUCAGUUCUGAACAUCAUUUUUUCAUCUAUCACUGUCUCCAAAUUCCUGGUGGAUCUUUUAUCAGACAGGAAAACCAACUCCUACAAUGGUUGCAGGGUACAGAUCUUUUUCCUCCAUUUUGCUGGUGGGGCAGAUAUUUUUUUCCUCUCUGUGAUGGCCUAUGACAGAUACCUUGCAAUUUCCAGACCUCUGCACCAUGUGAUCAUUAUGAAGAAAGAGGUGUGGGUGGCCUUGCUGGUGGCUUCCUGGGUGGGUGGUAGUUUGCAUUCAAUUGUCCAAGUAAUUCUGAUGCUUCCACUCCCUUUCUGUGGUCCCAACACUCUGGAUGCCUUCUACUGUGACAUGCCAAAGGUGGUAAAACUGAUCUGCACUGACAUGUUUGCAUUGGAGCUUCUCAUGAUCUCUAAUAACGGACUGGGGACCCUUCUGUGGUUCCUCCUGCUCCUGGGCUCCUAUAUCGUCAUUCUGGUGAUGCUGAGGUCCCACUCUAGCGAGGGGCAAAACAAGGCCCUCUCUACCUGCACCUCCUACAUCCUAGUGGUGACUCUUCACUUCAUGCCUUGCAUUUACAUCUACUGCCAGCCCUUCACUAUGCUGCCUAUGGACACGGUCAUAUCCAUCAAUAAUAUAGUCAUCACCCCUAGGUUGAACCCCAGGAUCUACGCCCUGAGGAACCAGGAGAUGAAGUCAGCCAUGUGGAGACUGAAGAGGAGACUUGGACCUUCAGAGAGCAGUAAACUGGGAUGA